CGUUAGUUGUUGCCUUCCGGAAUAAUAACACAGUAACACCCAGUGACUAAAAGAGGGAAAACGAAGAGGAUGGCCGGAUCAAAAUCAGCCCUGGUUCUCUGCAUGGAUGUGGGCUUCUCCAUGUCCAACUCAGCCCCAGGUGAAGAGCCUCCAUUUGCACAGGCGAAAAAAGUCAUCCAGAAGUUCGUCCAGCGCCAGGUUUUUGCAGAGACCAAGGAUGAACUGGCUUUGGUUCUGUUUGGCACGGAUUCUACCAAAAACCCUUUGGACCAGGAUGGGCAAUACCAGAACAUCACGGUGCAUCGUCAUCUUAUGGUGCCGGACUUUGAGCUGCUAGAGGAGAUUGAACAUCAGAUCCACCCUGAGAAUCAGCAGGCUGACUGGCUGGAUGCUCUUGUAGUUUCCAUGGAUCUUCUCCAAACAGAAACCCAGGGGAAAAAGUGUGAUCGCUUCAACAUUGUUCUCCUGACUGACCUGAGCACUGAAGCCAGUUCAGACAAGCUGGAUGUUAUUAUUGAGAACUUGAAACGAGCUGGAAUCACCCUGCAGUUUUUUUUGCCUUUCCCAGUGGAGGAUGAAGAAGAGGGUGGAGGAGAUGGGGACGGAACGGGUUCCGGUGACCCUGGUAGGGGCAAAGGUCUCUCCAGGGAACAGCGAAGUGGCCUGGAAAUGGUUAAAAACCUCAUGCUGAGUCUGGACGAGGAAGAGGGCCUGGAAGAAAUUUACACAUUCAGGAAUGCUGUGGAACAGCUGUGUAUGUUUAAACGCAUUGAAAGGAGACCCAUGGCUUGGCCCUGUCAGCUCACCAUUGGUAGCUCUCUGUCCAUCCGUAUCGUUGGCUUCAAAGCGGUGACUGAGGAGAAACUGAAGAAAAUGUGGAUCACAGUCGAUGCUCAAACCAACAAGAGAGAUGAUGUGAAGAGAGAGACUGUUUACUGUCUGGACGACGACAAUGAGACAGAGGUGCAGAAGGACGACAUUAUUCAGGGUUUUCGUUACGGAAGUGACAUCGUACCUUUCUCCAAAGUGGAUCAGGAUCAGAUGAAAUACAAGCAUGAUGGGAAGUGCUUUGCUGUUCUGGGCUUCACCAAAAAGAACUUGGUACUUCGCCAUCAGUUCAUGGGAACACAGGUGGUCAAGAUAUUUCCUGCACGGGAUGAUGAGCACGCAGGCGUGGCCAUGUCGGCUCUGAUCCGUGGUCUGGAUGAGCUCAACAUGGUUGCCAUCGUGCGUUACGCCUACGACCGGCGCAGCAAUCCUCAAGUGGGCGCUGCAUUCCCGUGUAUCAAGCCCGAGUAUGAGUGCCUGUUAUAUGUUCAGCUGCCCUUCAUGGAAGAUCUUUAUGGAAGACAGUUUACGUUUCCUUCUCUUGAGAACAACAAGAAGAUCGCUCCAUCAGAGACGCAGAUGUCAGCCAUCGACUCUCUCAUCGAUUCGAUGAUGCUUGUAACAGAAGACGAAGAUUUGCUCAAACCUCACCAUCUUCCCAACCCUGCCUUCCAGAGACACUUCCAGUGUCUGCACCACAGGGCUGUACACCCCGACUCUCCUCUUCCUCCCAUGGAGCCGUGGCUGGAGGCUGCUCUCGAUCGCCCUGAGGUCAUCCAGGAACGCUGCCAAGCUCCACUGGAGGAGAUAAAGAAGUUGUUUCCACUCACCGAAGUAGAGAAGAAAAAGAAGCUGAAGACAAGCGCUCAGAUUUUUGGCAAAGACUCUGAGGAGCCAGAUGCCAAGAAAGCAAAAGAAGACGAAGCAGAGGAUGAGUAUAGCCUGGCAAGCAUUGCUGAAGGAUCUGUUACUUCUGUGGGAAGCGUCGAUCCAGCUCGGGACUUCCGCGCUCUGAUCAAACAGAAAACUCUUCCAUUCGGAGAAGUCUGUCAGCAGCUGACUCACAGGAUAGAGCAGCUGCUUAGCAACAAGAACACGCACUACUACAUGAAAAGCAUCACCUGUAUCCAGGCUUUCAGAGAGCAGUCUGUUAAGCAGGGGAAUGCUGAUCUGUUCAACAGUUACCUUCAGUCCCUGAAAAGGAGUAUUCCCAGCAGAGCCCUCGAGGUCUUCUGGGACCUGCUUGUUCAAGACGCUGUGACUUUGAUCAGCAAGGACGAGGUCGAAGGAAGCGCCGUGUCGAAAAGUGAAGCCUCUCAGUUUCUGUUGGCUGAGGAAAAGAAAGAACAAGCUGCCCCUGAACCGGUGGAAGACACAGGCGAUGUUGAUGACUUGGUGAGUAUAAAAAUGUGUCCUCCAACAUCAAUCUAUGUUCUCUCUUUUUAUAGAGAUGAUUUAGGAAUUAGAUUAGUGUUAGAACUGUUUCCUCUGCGGUUUUCAUGUUGUUGUUUGAGGAGUUGAGCUUUUAGUGCCUCGUUAUAAACUCAUCAGGCUCAUAUCUCUUCUCUUUGCUCUCUUCCUGUGCAGCUGGACAUGAUGUAAGAAAAGAAGCAGGAGGAGUGUUGGCAGAAAUCUAAGGAAUGUGGUGUUUGAACCCACCCAAAGCAAACUAGUUAAACCGUCCUUUGUCCUGUUCCUUCCACUGGAAGUCCCCAUCACUGGGUGUGUUUUAGUUAGCUGUACUUUAUUAAACAAUUGGCCAAACAACUUACAGAAAACUGCUUAGACCAAAAACUUUGUGUUCACUUUUAAAUGUAAAAAUCACUAUCAUUGUAUGAGUCUUUUGUAAUUCAAUUUCCAAUGAUCUAGUGUACUAAAACCUAACAUUCAGAAUACUACUGGUUUAUUAUGUGAAAUCAGUGAUUUAGAAUAUGCUUAACAGUAGAGCUUGUGCUUUUUUGGGUGACAAAAUAUAUUAAAAUAUGAUGCUUUGUGAUAAUAAUUGCAAAUUGUAGAAUGCACAAGUAAUAAACAAGUAUUUUCUUA